AUGACGAGCCGAGGAGGCGCGGCGUCCACCUCUGCGUAUUCUUCUUCUUCUUCGACGAGCGGCGAUGGCAGCAACAGCCUCGCGUUGUCGUAUCUCUCGCUCUUCGGGUGCGGGGUCGCGAUUGGCGUUUCGGCGUCUCGAAUUUUACUGUUACGACAACGACAACUUAGCGCUCGCCGCGCGUCGAAGAGAAGAGGCGAACAAGCCCCGUCGCGCGAUGAGGAUGAAGAGGAGGAGGAGGAGGAGUGCCGUCGGAGGAGAACUUCCUCUCAAGCUUUAUCCUCGGCUUCCUCGAAAACCUUAUACGCGACGGACGAUAUCGUUCGCGAACAUUUCACGCGAAACGUGCAGUUUUUCGGGCAACUCGGUCAAGAGCACAUAGCGGACGCGUUCGUCGUCGUCGUCGGGUUAGGUGGCGUUGGUUCGCACUGCGCGAGCAUGCUUUUACGCUCGGGGGUAAGGAAAUUACGCGUGGUAGAUUUUGACCAAGUGUCGUUGAGUUCGUUGAACAGACACGCGGUAGCGACGAGAGAGGACGUGGGGAAGCCGAAAGCGGAGGUGUUGAGGAAACACUUCGCGAAGAUUUUUCCGGAGGCAGAGAUUGAGGCAUGCAACGCGAUGUGCGAGAAGAAAAACGAAGAGAUGGUGUUAGGGGAGUGGAAGAAGAACGAGACGGAGAAUACGACGGAGGGUGAUGAAAAUGUAGCGCCUUCGUACGUGGUCGAUUGCAUCGAUAACUGCGACACGAAAGUGGAUUUGUUAGAGGCGUGUGCGCGAAGGAAGAUACCGGUGGUGUCCUCCGGCGGCGCCGGAUCGAAGUGCGAUCCAACGCGAUUGAAACUGUGUGAUAUUUCAAACGCGAAUUUUGACCCGUUAAUGCGUGCGAUUAAGUAUAAUUUGCGGAAAAAGUAUGGCAUCAGUCACGGCGUGGAUUGUCUCGUUUCCGUGGAGAAGCAAGUUCGAGAGUUGGUCACCGAAGUCGAUUUGAAAGAAGGCGAAACGCUUCGCGAUUAUCAAGUCGUACCAAACUUUCGCGUGAGAACGAUACCGGUUUUAGGUACCGUUCCGGCAAUGUUUGGGUGCGCGUUGGCGUCUUUUGUUUUGUGUAAACUCUCGAAAACGGUCGAGCUAUCGCCGGACGAAGGCAACGACGUGGAUACGAAAAUCGUCGCUUACCAGACGCAACUCGAUCGAUUGAAAGAUCGAGAGGAAAGCAGAGGCUUGGGGAAGUGCGCGUUAGAUGUAGAUAUCAAUGAUAUCGCGUAUUUGAUAAAAGACGUGUGGCAACGUCGCGACGCGCGCGCCCUGGCGAAAUCCGGCGAUGAUUUAGCGACGACGCCGUGGAAGGCGUUGAACAAUCUCGAGUUUUGUCGCUGGGACGUGACGAAACCGUCGAGCAUAGAUAACUUAGUCUUGUUCGAAAGGAACGAGUGCGACGAGUGGGAAGAAGGCGGCGAGCACGCCAUCCAGAGAGCGUUCCUGAAAGAACCAGAAUAA